AUGUCUCAACAGCUUCAUGCAAUUGUUUCUUUUGCUCCUUCAUCAAAUUGUUUUGUAAAUCUUCCAUUGAAAUGGGCCCAAUAUCUUUCUGAACAAAACCAGUUACCACAAAAUGUUAUUCUAGAAUUAUCUUGGCAUGACGCUAAAAUUGCACAAGGCAAGGCAUAUGUUGGGUGGUCUGGACUUCCUUCAAAAGCUGAUCAUUCCGAAACUAUCGAGAUAGACCCGCAAUUUGGCGAAGCUAUUGGUUUACACAAUGGUCAAAAGGUUUAUGUUAAAUUCGAGGAUAUAUUACCGGAAGCCAGUUCUGUAGAAGUUGAACCAAUUAGCCCUGAUGAUUGGGAAAUAAUAGAACGUAAUAGUAAAUAUUUAGAAGACUGUUUUAUUAAGCAACAACGCGUCGUAUAUCCCAAUGAGGGACCUUGCGCUAAAUUAAGUGAAAGUACUGAAAUUUUUGUGGCGCCCAAGUCAAGAAAGACAAAAAAUAGUGCAGAAAUUAAAGAUAUCGCGUCAAACGGCAUUUUUAAUGCUCGUGUAAAUUGUUUGCGCGUUUUACCUCAGGCGUUUCUUUCUUCUGAUUUAUUGCAACCGAGUGCCAAUGAUUUCUGUACAGUAUAUAUUCAUCCGAAUGAUCUUGCACGAAUCGGGCUUCCAAAUCCUAAAAUUGUACGUGUAUCUAAAGUACAACCACCCUAUCAAAAUAAGGAAACUGAAGAUAAAUCAGAUAAUGAUGGCAGAAACAAUUCACUACCAGCAUUAUAUGUUAAAGUACUGGAGAAGGGCAGCGUGGUCCCUGGGCAUAUCGUAUUGUGUGAGAGUAUAAUGGAUGCCCUGGAUGUGCAGAAGUUUGACAUCAUUCGCUUAGCUCUUCCGCAUUUCCAUUCUACUUCAUUAACUCACAUAAUAAUUCGAUGUAUUUCAAGCCCUUUCCAAUCUGCUUCGCUAAAACCUCAUUCCAGCGCUAGUUCAACAUCUGUAGAUAAAUCCGCAAUUUCUGCUAUAACUACAUCAAUUAAUGCAUGGAUUGAGAAGCUAUCAACAUCUUUAGAUAUUGUCUUGACAAAUGGGAUGAAAUUAUCGUCGUCUUUGACAAAUAGUGAUAUAAACGUUGCAGUUUUCUUUGGCGGAAAAACAAUUAGCCAAAACGAUGGUCGGCACGGAAGGAGCGAUUCUUCAGAAAUGUAUGCAAUAAAUCAGAAGAAAGAAACGCCUGAG